AAAGGUGCAACAUUUUCUGAAGAAUUAUGUUUUGAAGAAAUUCUUAAACAAUUAAUCAAAGGAAAAAAAAUUGCAACGGGAUCUAUUAUUGAAGCUUUAUGGAAAUUUUAUAAAGCUCCAUCAGAUGAUCAUACUGAUGUUAUAGCUGGAAAAAUUCUUACAUUUAUCGUGGGCAAUGAAGUUAAUACAAAAUUAAAUGAUAUAACUGAUCUUAUUCAAGCUAAAGAAAAAAAUCAUCGUUUUGUACAUAUAUCUGGUUUACUUUUACAAUUAGCGGCUACACCAAAAAAGAUUGAAAAUGGUGUUCGACCAAAACAAUUUCGUUUACCAAAAACUCAUCGUCUAUUUGAAAUUCUUGGCAAUAUUAUUGUGUCAACAUUUCAUGAUGUUUCCGAUCGACAAUGGACACCAAUGAUGGAAUCAGCAUUUGAUGUUAUAUUUAAAUUAGCUGAUGGUCCAAUAAAACAUAUUGAAAAUAUAAUAAAAAAACUUGCUGUUAAAACAGGUGUUAAACUUGGUGGUUUAUUUAAAAUUCCACUAUCAUCUCAAACACAACCUUUAUCUACUGAAUCGAUGGACUUUGAAAAUGCUGGUAAUGAGAGUAAUCAAAAUCAAUUAUCUCAACAACAACAACAUCAUCACCAUCAUUCUCAAAUGAAUGCAAAUUCAGCAUUAUUAUUAGUUCGUUUUUUAAAUUGUUUGGGAAAAGCAGCUGUUGGAAUUGUGUAUUAUGUUGAUUGUACGGUCAAAGAUGAACUUCUUCGUCGAAAAGAAGCUAAGCAAUCAGCUGCAGUUAAUAAAAAGUUACAGAAAAAAACAAGAAAUUCAAAAAAACGAACGAAACGUAAAACACCAGAUGAAGAUGAUGAAAAUCAAUCAACAUCAAUGAAUGAUACAACGAAUAGUUCAUCAAAUCGUACGUUAAAUUCAACUAAUCGAACUGUUGAUGAUGAACAAGAUGAUGAAAUGUGUCAAGUAUUUGGUGGUGCUGAAGCUGAAGAUCCAGUUGAUAAUGAAAUUGGUUUAUAUAUUCAAUCAUUAUGCGAAAAAAAUUCAUUAUUAAUGCAAUAUAAAAAUAUUCUUGAACAAAUUCUACUCCAUCCAAAUGAAUAUCGUGACGAAACAUUACAAUUAAGUGCUACAAUUUGUUUAUGUAAAUAUAUGUUAUUAUCAGUUGAAUUAUGUGAAACACAUGCAAAAAUGUUAUUUGAUUUAUUAAAAAAUUCAAUAUUCGAAAGUGUUCGUGUUGCUAUUAUGGUUUUAAUGAAUGAUUUUUAUUUAAAAUAUCCAUUAGCAUUUGCUGCUUAUUCAAAUGAUGUUUAUGGUUGUUUACGUGAUCGAUCAGAUAAUGUACGUUUAGCAGCAUUAAAAACAAUUUCAAAUUUAAUUCUCAAAGAAAUGGUUAAACCAAAAGGUCAAAUAAGUGAAAUAGCAUUAUGUAUUAUUGAUAAACAUACUCAAAUAGCUACAUUAGCUACAUCAUUUUUUAGUGAAUUAGCUAAACGACAACAUGGUGAAGCAUUAUUUAAUAUUUUACCAGAUAUUUUUUCGAAUUUAGUUGGUGGUGGAUUAGAUAAAGAACGUGAAUUAAAUGAAGAUGACUUUAAAUGUAUUAUGGAAUUUUUAUUUAAAUAUGUUAGUAAAGAAAAACAAACAGAAAGUUUAUCAGAAAAAUUAAUGCAACGAUUUCAUAUGGCUGAUAAUAAUCCUCGUUUAUGGCGUGAUCUUGCAUAUAUUAUGUCAAAAUUAACAUAUAAUGAACGAUCAUUAAAAGGUUUACUUGAUCAUUAUAAUUAUUAUGCAGAUAAAUUAGUUGAAGAUGCUGUUUAUGAAUCAUUUUUAACGAUUCUUAAUAAUGCAAAAAAGAAUUUAGGAAAUAAACCUGAUUUAACAGUUGUACUUGAUGAAUUAUCGACUCGUAUUGAUCAAGCAAGAUCAUCAAAUGGAAUUUUAAUUGCUGUACAACAAGCACAACAAAAAACAAAACAACAGCCAAAAGGUAGAAAAAAUUAA